GGGAAAUCUGUCGAAUCUGCCAAACACGAAAGGUCACACAUGGGAUGCAGUGAGAGGUGUGUGCAAAUACGAUCGUAUUUUUCCAAAUGAUUCGUUUUAGAUCAGUCAACCUUCAACUAUUAUUCGUCAGCCGUUUCAGUCGUUUCUUAUAGCAACAGUAGUGUGUCCUGCAUUUUGAAAAGCGAUACUAUCCGGCAUUCACAUUCCUGUUAGCUAACGUUAGUUCAGCUAGCCAAGUCAACUGUAGGUUUGAACCCCACUUCAAUUGGGGAAACUUGUUUGUUAAAACAUCUCUGUCACUGACACGAUGUUGAGGAAUCUUGUGAGAUUUCACAAUUGUCUGGGGCAUGCUUUCUCUCCCCCCACUGUCUGCCCAAGAGGUCAAAUGUUUAAGCUGCUCUCUGUGAACUCAAAAUCCUACUCCAUUAUCACAGAAAGAAAGAAAUUCUAUGAGGAUGUUAGCAUAUCCCAUGGAGAGGGUGGCAUGUUUGAGAUCAACCUGGACCGGCGGAAACUGAAAACACCAGGAGGAAAGCUGUUCACAGCCCCCAACGAAGCCUUAGCCAUUGCCGUGGCGAAUGAAUGGGAUACUCAGAAAGACAUGCUGAAGUUCUACAGCAUGCAUAUGACCACUCUCUGCAACACAGCCCUAGAUAACCCUACGUUCCGCAGCAAGGACCAAAUGAUCACUGCUGCCCUCAAGUAUCUGGAGACUGACACUAUCUGUUACAGAGUUGAGGAGCCUCCAUCACUAGUUGAGCUUCAGAAUAAUGAAUGGGACCCUGUGUUGAACUGGAUUGAAGACCGGUACAACGUAGUCAUUGGCUCCUCCACCAGUAUACUGGGGCCAGAGAUCCCACAGGCGACGAUGGAUACUUUCCGCCAGCACCUGGGUUCCUAUAACUUCUGGUCCCUGACAGGUCUGGAGUAUGUGAUCACCCAGCUGAAGUCAGUGGUGCUUGCCUUUGCUUUAAUAGACAAACACAUAACAGUGGAGCAGGCCGUGCUGCUGUCACGACUAGAGGAGGAGUUCCAGAUCGGGCAUUGGGGAAAUGUAGAGUGGGCUCAUGAUGUUGACCUGUAUGAGCUGAGGUCACGUACAGCAGCAGGGGCUCUGUUUGUACAUUUCUCUUCUGAAAGUUCAACGGUCAAACGCAAACUCAUGCAAGACUAAGGAGGACAUUCAGUGCUUCCCUGAGUCAACACAAACUCAGACAGGACUCUUAAGAGCAAAGGCAACAGAGGCAGUGUACUGGCCUCUGACUGGGAAGAAAUCCCAACUCCUUCGGACUUGUGUUUAUCUCUGGUUGUUGUCUUUUGCGGAAUAAAAACACAUAAUAUUCUAUCUCAAUCAA